UUACUCCCGGAUUAUUGAAUAAUUUUCCUAUCAAUGGAGGAUCAGAUUCAGGAGCCGUUGAUUCACAGAGUAUUAGCUUCAAGUCUCAAUUGUAAACUUAAUUUAUUAUGUGGGAAAUGGAAUUUGAAUUUUCUUCCUCUUCUCCGCUUAACUAACCAUCUUCUAGCAAAUGAAUGAAGUCUGUGUAAACGUUUUGGUUCCCGAUUUCCUUCCUUUUCCCUUUCCUUUUAUCACUGGGAAAUCGGAAUGCACAGAAUACGACGCCUGCUUCGCUCUCCUCCCUUCGCAACUUCGCCACUUACCAUUCGCUGCAAAGCUUUUUUCUCCUCCUCCGCCCGCCAAUACCCUGAUGCCACACCAGGCAACGAGUCCAACUCAUCAUCACCUACAAAUAGAACCCAUUUGGUUUCUUCCAUUAACAUAUCCCCCAGACCCACCAUUUUCAACAAAUCUACCCCACUUAAUGGCCAUAAAUGCAAUGAUGUCAUUUCAUCAAACCAGAUGAUCUCUAGGUAUAUCAAGUCCGGUGAUUUGGAUUCUGCUCUCACUUUGUUCGAUAGCAUGACGGUUAAAACGACAGUUUCUUGGAAUUCAAUUUUGGCUGGAUAUUCUAAAAAGCGCGGGAAAUUGAGUGAAGCCCGUGAACUGUUUGAUAAAAUUCCUAAGCCAGACACUGUAUCUUAUAACACCAUGUUAGCAUGUUACAUGCAGAAUUCUGACAUGGAAACGGCACGAGCUUUUUUUGAUGGGAUGCCCAAUAAAGAUACAGCUUCUUGGAAUACAAUGAUUUCGGGUUUUGCCCAUAAUGGGCAAAUGGACAAAGCACGGGAGUUAUUCUUGAUAAUGCCCAAUAAAAAUGUUGUUACUUGGAAUGCCAUGAUUUCGGGGUACAUUGCAUGUGACGAUCUGGAUUCAGCUGUAAAAUUAUUUGAAAUAGCACCAGUUAAGAGUGUGGUGGCUUGGACGGCGAUGAUCACUGGAAACAUGAAUCUCGGGAGGAUUGAAUUAGCAGAGAAAUUAUUUCAAGAUAUGUCAACAGAGAAUGUGGUUACAUGGAAUGCUAUGAUUGCAGGUUACAUUGAGAAUUCUAGAGCUGAGGAUGGUGUCAAACUUUUUAGAACAAUGCUGGGAUUUGGUAUCCGGCCAAAUCCAUCGACCUUGAGUAGCCUUUUGUUGGGGUGUAGUGAGUUGUCAGCUUUACAGUUGGGAAGACAAGUUCAUCAGCUUGUUUGUAAGUCUACAUUGUCCAGUGAUACGUGUGCAGGCACAUCGUUGGUUAGUAUGUAUUGUAAAUGUGGAAAUUUGGAGGAUGCUUUGAAAUUGUUUCUUGAGAUUCCAAGAAAAGACAUAGUCACUUGGAAUGCGAUGAUUUCUGGUUAUGCUCAACAUGGAGCGGGUGAGAAAGCUCUUUCUUUGUUUAAUGAAAUGAAAAUGGCAGGAAUCAGGCCAGACUGGAUCACCUUUGUUGCAGUAUUAUUGGCUUGCAACCAUGCAGGCUUUGUAGAUCUUGGAGUUAAAUACUUUCAUUCAAUGGUGAGUGAUUAUGGAGUUGAAACUAAGCCAGAGCACUACACAUGUAUGGUUGACCUUCUUGGUAGGGCAGGGAAGUUAGAUGAAGCUGUAGAUUUGAUAAAGAAAAUGCCUUUCAAACCUCAUGUUGCCAUAUUUGGAACUCUUUUGGGUGCUUGUAGGAUACACAAGAACAUAGAGAUAGCUGAGUUUGCUGCCAAGAACUUGCUUGGUCUUGAUCCAACAAGUGCAACGGGUUAUGUUCAACUUGCAAAUGUUUAUGCAUCUCAGAACCGAUGGGACCAUGUUGCCAGGGUUAGGCGUUCAAUGAAAAGCAGCGGGGUAGUGAAGACCCCUGGGUACAGUUGGCUUGAGGUUAACAAUGUAGUUCACAAGUUCAGAUCAAGUGAUAGGAUUCACCCAGAAUUAGCUUGCGUACACCAGAAACUGAUUGAAUUAGAGAAGAAAAUGAAGUUAGCAGGAUACGUGCCAGAUCUUGAAUAUGCAUUACAUGAUGUGGAGGAAGAGCAGAAAGAGCAGCUUCUGCUGUGGCACAGUGAGAAGCUGGCAAUUACUUAUGGCCUUAUCAAAUUGCCAUGGAGGACUCCAAUACGGGUGUUCAAGAACUUGCGAGUUUGUGGGGAUUGCCAUCGUGCUAUAAAAUACAUAUCAGCAAUAGAAAGAAGAGAAAUUAUUGUUAGAGAUAAUAUAAGAUUUCAUCAUUUCAAAGAUGGGUUUUGCUCUUGUGGUGAUUAUUGGUAGCAAAUAAGGUAUCAGAACCAGCUUUGGUGCAUUUCUGAGUAACAUAAAUUGAGCAUCAAUCGAGUUGGGCAGACGGAAGACAAUUACUUCCAGAAUCAGGGGGAAAAUACGACAGCAGGAGAAAACUGAGUUAGCCUUAUAUCACAAUUUGCAAAUAUUGACACACCAAUGGUAUAUGAUCUGUAUCAAAAUUCUUAGGACUAAUGGUAAAGCCAACUUCGUAUUUUUAGAAUUUAAGACGUAAGAGAUCUUUAAAGUGGUUGGCGACUUCUUGAAUUACC